UCUCUGCCAUCUAAAUAUCUGUAUCUCGAGAUAUUAGAAUUAUUCUCUCAAGAUAACUAAAACAGAAGAAAAUUAAGGGCAAGAAUGGAAACACCAAGGGCUAUGGCACUCCUUGUUCUUAGAUUUCUUACUAUGUUGUUGUCAGCUGGUACGAUUCCACUCAUGAUUACCAACAGCUUCGAACUUAGUGGAGGCGAGAAAACCAAAUACAGUGACAUUAAGGCCUACAGGUAUGUACUAGCAGCAGCAGUUGUUGUAUGUGCGUACUCAUUGAUUCGGCUACCUUUCGCAAUUUAUUAUGCCAUGACAGGAGAGAAAUUUAUUUAUGGCAGGUUCCUUGGCAUGUUGGAUUUCUACGUAGAUAAGGCGUUAACUUGCUUCAUGGCAAGUGGAGUUGGUAUGGGUUAUGGUGUCAGUUAUGAACUCAAACGUUACCUAAAUGGAUUUGUAGACAAUAUUGAAUCAUCUGGGAUUGAUGCAUAUGAAGAAUUAAGGACCGAGAGCCAAAAGUUUUUUGAUAGGGGUAAUUUAGCAACUGGUCCACUUUUUGCUGGAUGUAUUGUCAUGGCUGCUCUCACCAUUAUCACAUCAUUCCAUCGCAAAUGAAGACACUUUUGGUGCAACAAAUAAUUAGUGAAUAAACCUCGAGUCUCUUUUUGUAAACUAAGGAACCCGAGUUCUGGGUAAACCUCAAGUCUUGUUGGUUAAUUUUAUGAGAUGUUUAAUGAUUUCCUUGUUUGUGUUGAUCUUAAGAUGCAAUAAUAUUAUGUGUACUUGUCUCAAUAAGUAUGAUGGAAAUAUACUACUGUUGUUAUUGUUGUUGUUAA